GUCUACUUUUUUAUCAAGCCAGUAGUCGUAUCUGUAGUCGCACAAUUGAUUAGAAUAGGUACCUAUUUAUUGACAAAUAAAAACACGCAUUUAGAAUGAAGAAAACAUAAUUCGAUAUUAAAGUAUAAAUAGCGGUCAAAGUCAAUGUGAAAACUUCGAAAUGAGCUGGAGGUGUACCCAUUGAUUUGUAGAGCAUAUGUUUAGAAAUGUUUAAGGCUUAGCAUGUCAAAUGACUAUAAAAUUACGGAGAUAGAAUCAUAAAGUUUCUUCGGCAGUUCUUAUCCUUUAACACGAGCAUUUGUGGCUAUAAACAAAGAACAUAAACGAGUACUUAACUCUCCUCGUAUAACCCAUUUGCACACUCUUCAAAUUAUUGGCAAAUUGUCUAAUCCUGUUAAACUUUCAAACAACAAGAUGGCCGAAGACGAAAAACACAUCUUGUGUGUGGGCAUGUGCGUUUUGGACAUAAUUCAUGUUUGCGCUGAAUAUCCCAAAGAAGACACCGACAAACGUUGCCAAAGUGGCUAUUGGCAACGCGGUGGCAAUGCCUCUAAUAAUUGCACCGUUUUAAGAAAGUUGGGUGUCCCAUGUGAAUUUCUGGGUAUGAUCAGCAACUCACCCGCCUUUGGUUUUCUCUACGAUGAUUGCCGACAAAGACAAAUUAUAAUAAAAAAUUGUCCCAACAUCGAUAUGGAUCCGCCCUUCUCAAGUAUUAUAUUGGCGCAAUCGAAAGGAACGCGCACGAUAGUACAUUCCAACCCAGGAUUUCCCAUAUUAACCUUUGAACACUUUAAGAAAAUCGAUUUAUCAUCCUAUGCCUGGAUACACUUUGAGGGACGCAGUGUUGAAGAAACUGUGCAAAUGAUUGAUAUGAUACGUCUAUUUAAUAAAAAUCAUAAAAAGUCAAUUAGAAUAUCCCUGGAAAUGGAGAAACUCAAUAAGGAACUAUUUCGUUUAGCCUGCAGAGCUGAUUUGGUAUUUAUUUCCAGAGAUAUGGCGGAGCAUAUGGGUUGGUCCUCGGCGCAGGAAGCGAUAUAUAAAACACGGCAAAUCAUUAAGGAUAUACAAAGUAAAGAAAAUGGUGAGAAUAAUUUGCCUUGGCCUACACCCUGUCUAAUAAGUCCUUGGGGUUCUGAGUGUUCGGAUUGUUUAAGUUCAUCAGAUGAAUAUGCCUCAUUGCCUGCCUGUGAUGUAAAUGAAGUGGUAGAUUCAUUGGGUGCUGGCGACACUUUUGUCGCAGCUUGUAUCUACGCCUUGAAUUAUUUAAAAAAAUCGUUAGCUGAGUCUGUCAAAUAUGCCAACAAAGUUGCUGCAUUUAAAAUACAACAUAGAGGGUAUGAUGAUUUGGAACAAAUGGAAUAGACCAUACAGGAUAUCAAUCCCACGGCAGCCGGUUGUACGUACCGGAAAUAAUCCUUGGAUCCUUCAUGGGUAGCUGUCGGCUACAACAACAACCAUACAUGAUAAACAAUUUUUCUUAAAAAAUUGAAAGAAAUGUGCAAUCUUUACAUUCCAUUGAUAUAGAUGUGAUAAGAAGAAAAUUCAUAAAAUAUUUAAUUGUUAAUUAUUAAUUAUUAAUUAUUAUUAUAUAAUUAUUAAUUAUUGUUUCAGACUUUAAUCAUUGAAUUUUUUGGUUUGAGGGACGGUUGAAAAGGCAAGAGAAUUGGAAAAUACAAUAAAGAGGAAAGCUUGUGGUGGAUAUUUAAAAAUUUUUUAUUACCUCAAAUCCUAUCAAAAAGCUACAUAAAUAAAACAAUUGCAUUCAUCUAAA